AUGGUUGAUGGUAAGCAUUAUGAACAGCGUAUAAACCGCCACGCGUAUCUCACUCGUUUUUACCUCUUCCAAAGCUCACAUCAAACACCGUUUCCACUUUCCCCUUCUCUACCAGUAACACCCCCUGAGAAUUCAUCAUACUCUUGUUAGGGCUUAAUCUCUGUUCUGAUUUCAGAUUGCAGUUUCAUCUGAGAUGGAUAAACUAGAUAAAUUCAAACUAGCAUCAUCUUCUUUCGGUGAGCGAUUGAUGACAGGCGGAGUUCAGAUGAGUCGUAUGGUCGGCACGAAGAUGAAGGAAAUCUUACAAGCGCCGACGCCUGAAUCAAAGAUCGUCGACGAAGCGACGCUAGAGACGAUGGAGGAGCCUAAUUGGGGGUUAAACUUAAGGAUUUGUGCCAUGAUUAAUAGUGAAGAGUUCAACGGAACGGAGAUCGUGAAAGCGAUUAAGAAGAAAAUUACGUCCGGUAAGAGCGCGGUUAGUCAGAGGCUGAGCCUUGAUUUGUUGGAGACGUGUACAUCGAACUGUGAUAAGGUUUUCUCGGAGGUGGCGUCGGAGAAGGUUCUUGAUGAUAUGGUUACGAUGGUUCAGGAUGUUCGGACGGAUGAACGGAAUAGGACUAAGGCGGUGCGGUUAAUCAGAGCAUGGGGCGAGUCUGAGGACCUUAUGUAUCUGCCUGUUUUCCGUCAAACUCACUUGAGCCUGAAAGCCAAUGGGAUUCCGCCAGCAUCAAGCCCUAUGUAUCAAACAGUGGAGUCUCUGGUUCAUCAACAACCUAUUCCACCACCUGAUAGAUUCCCUUUACCAGAUAUUGACUUAAUGGGUAUAGAAGAUGACACCUCACCAUAUACCUACACUGAUCAAUCUGUUGAACAAAAGAAAGAAUCACUCUUGGUUAGCAGAAACAGCCUUGACCUUCUAUCCAGCAUACUCAAUUCUGGAAUUGACCCCAUACCAAUUAACGACGAGUUAACUGUUAGCAUGUUGGAAAAGUGCAAGGAAUCUUUGCCUGUGGUUCAAAGAAUAGCAGAAACAACAACCGAUGAUGAUAUACUGCUUUUUGAAGCUUUGAAUCUGCAUGAUGAGAUUGAACAGAUCAUCUCCAGAUGUGCAGAGAUCAAAGAGACAAUGGGAUCUGAGCCAUUGGAAGUUGAUGAUACAAAACAAACAGAAACCAUCUUUGAAACAAAGUCAAACAACACAGAGGGAACCGGGUCAACUAUUGAUGCCAAAGUCAAAGGAAACGAAACAUCACUCAUCCAUAAAGACGAGAGUAUGGAGAAGGAAGAAGCUGUUUGAAACAUGUUCUAUCGCCCUUUAUUCGUGCUAGAUUCAAUAAUUGGUAGAUUUGAACAAUCUUGCAAUUUGUACGAAUAAUUGUUCCCAACUCUGCUAUUUAGUGUCGAUCGUUUUCAUUAGUAAUGUUAAUCCGUAUGCUAUUUAGUGUCAA